AUGUCCGAUACCACAACAGCUCAGACCAGUAGCCGUCGAUCGGGGCGAGUGCGACCUGAGAUCUCGUACAAGGAGCGAGACGACAAGGACAACUAUGAUGAACUACGACGUGCUCAGGGAUACACCGUCAAGAGACAGCGCAAAUAUUUGCCCAGAAAAGGCCAUCAAAAUGAAAUAAACAACGGUGAUGAAGAUGCACACGCUAUCUGCGCCGACCAAGUUCCAGACCUUCUCGACGAUGUACUCAAUUUUCCGCCCGAGGAGUUGGAAGCAUACGAGGGCUGGGUUGAGCUUGAAUCGGAUCCGGCAAGUAGAAAGCUCCCAGAUUCAGAUGCACAUUUCAACUACAUACUGCAUACACUUGGCGUGUCCAAUGUCCGUAGCGAGGAAAUUUUCAGCAUGGAUGAGACAGAGAUAGCGGCACUCAGCCGUCUCGAUCUCAUGGAUGCAGACUUGGGGAUGAUGAACCAAUGGGAGGAGCGUAACAAGCGCCAAAACAAGGGAAAGUCCAGCAAGCGGAAGCGCAAGGCUCUUGAUCCAGACUCAGCCAAGCAUUACGUGGGAUAUAUUCCUCACGAUGGUAAGCUGUGGGAGCUCGAUGGGCUGGAUGGAGGUGUUAUUUGCUUGGGACCAUAUGAGGGAGACUGGGCCUGUGCCGUGAUACCCCAUAUCCAGAGAAAGGUUGAAGAACUCGGUCUCCAGGCCAACCUCCUUGCACUCUCUCACAAUCCUCUAGCCAGCGUGCGCCAGAAGCUUGCUGUGAACAUGGCCUGUUAUAAGGCUCUUCAACAAAAAUUGGCCGCCAGUCCAACACUGAAGAAUAUGACGGAGAACGAUGAAACUUACAUCACAUGCAAACAAGAAAACGCCGAGCAGUUGAAAAAAAUGGGCUUGACAUACGAGGAAGUUGUGGCGACACCAGCACCUCAAGAAUUUCUAAACGAAUUGAACGGACCGGAAAUGAUACCCGAGUAUGCAGAUACAGUCAUGAGGAGGCUAAGGGCCGAGCAACGUGAUCUGAAAUUGGAAUAUAACGCAGCCCGGGAGAGCGGUAACGAGGAUCUCGCUGCUGCGCGUCGCCGAUGCCAGGACUACACUCCUUUGGUUCAUGGAUGGCUGCGUGCCAUGGGUGAAGCUGGUGUACUGGAGGCCCUUGCAGAUUCGCAAUAG